AUGAGCGCCAACGGGCCCGCCCCAGACCCAGCCCCCGCGGCCCCAGAGGCCCCUCCUGCCUCUACCCCUGCCCCUGCUCCGGCCCCUGCCCCAGCGCCACCACCUGCUCCUCCAGCCCCGCCUGCCCCAGCGGCCAGUACCAUCCCGGUAGGUGCGUUGGCACAGAAGAAGCGGCAGCAGUAUGCCAAAAGCAAGAAACAGGGCAGUAACGCCAACAGCAGGCCACCGAGGGCUCUGUUCUGCCUCAACCUCAACAACCCCAUACGCAGGGCCUGCAUCAGCCUGGUGGAGUGGAAGCCAUUUGAUAUCUUUAUAUUAAUUGCUAUUUUUGCCAACUGUAUGGCCUUAGCUGUCUACGUCCCCUUCCCUGAAGACGAUUCCAACUCCACAAACCAUGACCUGGAAACAGUUGAGUAUGCCUUCCUCAUCAUUUUCACAAUUGAGACCUUUCUGAAGAUUAUCGCUUAUGGUUUGGUGAUGCACCAGAACGCGUACGUGAGAAAUGGCUGGAACAUGCUGGAUUUCGUCAUUGUCGUCAUAGGACUCUUCAGUGUUGUCUUGGAGCUUUUGACCAAAGAUGAGAAGGUAGUAGAAGGUGAUGGACCUGGUGUCCAUCCGUCAAUGCACGGGCAUGGGGGUAAACCAGGUGGAUUUGAUGUUAAAGCCCUUCGAGCCUUCCGUGUGCUGCGACCCCUGCGGCUGGUCUCAGGAGUACCCAGUUUACAGGUGGUGUUGAACUCCAUCAUUAAAGCCAUGGUCCCUCUCCUUCACAUCGCCCUCCUGGUCUUGUUUGUCAUUAUCAUCUACGCUAUUAUCGGCCUGGAGCUUUUCAUUGGCAAAAUGCACGCAACCUGCUAUAUUCCUGGCACAGAUGCGAUAGCAGAGGAGGAACCAGCUCCAUGUGCGAUCUCAGGGCACGGGCGCCAAUGCCCCAUCAAUGGCACCGAGUGCAGGGAAGGCUGGCAAGGUCCCAACGGUGGCAUCACCAACUUUGACAACUUCCUGUUUGCCAUGUUGACGGUGUUUCAGUGUAUCACCAUGGAGGGCUGGACCGACGUGUUGUACUGGAUGAACGAUGCUAUGGGCUUUGAGCUUCCAUGGGUGUACUUUGUCAGUCUUGUGAUCUUCGGCUCCUUUUUCGUUCUUAACCUGGUUUUGGGUGUGUUGAGCGGAGAGUUCUCCAAGGAGAGAGAAAAGGCCAAAGCUCGUGGAGACUUCCAGAAGCUGCGUGAGAAGCAGCAGCUGGAGGAGGAUCUAAAGGGUUACCUGGACUGGAUCACUCAGGCUGAAGACAUCGACCCCGACAACGAGGACGAGGCCGAUGAGGAGAGCAAGCGCAACCGGGUGACUCUGGCUGACCUUACUGAGAAGAAGAAAGGAAGGUUUGGGUGGUUCAGCCAGUCGUCCGACACUCAUGCGAGCGUUCCAGCCAGCGAAACAGAAUCUGUGAACACCGAGAAUCAAAACGGGGAGGAUGAAAAGACACCAUGCUGCGGACCUCUGUGUCAAAAAAUUUCAAAGUCAAAGUUCAGCCGGCGCUGGCGCCGCUGGAACAGGUUCUGCCGCAGGAAGUGCCGGUUGGCUGUCAAGUCGGUGCCUUUCUAUUGGCUGGUCAUCAUCCUGGUGUUCCUCAACACCCUUACCAUAUCAUCAGAGCAUUACAACCAGCCCCUGUGGCUGACGCAAGUGCAGGAUGUGGCCAACAAGGUGCUGUUAGCCCUGUUCACGUGUGAAAUGUUGGUGAAGAUGUACAGUCUGGGGCUACAGGCCUAUUUUGUUUCUCUGUUCAACCGCUUUGACUGCUUUGUGGUGUGCGGAGGAAUCACUGAAACCAUUCUGGUCGAGUUGGAAAUCAUGUCUCCCCUCGGUAUCUCUGUGUUCCGCUGUGUUCGUCUGCUGAGGAUCUUCAAGGUCACACGUCACUGGCAAUCUCUGAGUAACCUGGUGGCGUCUCUGCUCAACUCCAUGAAGUCCAUCGCUUCCCUGCUGCUGCUGCUCUUCCUCUUCAUUAUCAUCUUCUCCCUGCUGGGCAUGCAAGUGUUUGGCGGAAAGUUCAACUUUGACGAAACCCAGACCAAGAGGAGUACCUUUGACAACUUUCCCCAAGCUCUUCUCACUGUGUUUCAGAUCCUGACUGGAGAAGACUGGAACGCUGUUAUGUAUGAUGGGAUCAUGGCGUAUGGAGGCCCUUCCUCCUCGGGGAUGAUUGUGUGCUUUUACUUCAUCAUCCUCUUCAUCUGUGGAAACUAUAUCCUGCUGAAUGUCUUCUUGGCUAUCGCUGUGGACAACUUAGCAGAUGCAGAGUCUCUCAACACAGAUGAAGGAGACAAGAAAGAUGACAAAAAGGAUGAUGACAAAGAUGACAAGGAGGAAGAGGAGGAUAAUGAUGAUACAGCAGCAGAGGAGGAGGAUCCAGAAGUACCAUCAGGACCUCGGCCUGCCAUCUCUGAGCUGGUAAAGAAGGAGAAGAUCACUCCUAUCCCAGAGGGAAGUGCCUUCUUCAUCUUCAGCAACACAAACCCGGUUCGCGUGUUUUGCCACAGACUCAUAAAUCAUCACAUAUUCACCAACCUCAUCCUGGUGUUCAUCAUGCUCAGCUCUGUCUCACUCGCUGCUGAGGAUCCGAUCCGAAACUUCUCAGCUCGCAAUAUUAUACUUGGUUACUUUGACUAUGCUUUCACGGCUAUCUUUACUGUUGAGAUCGUUUUGAAGGUCCUAGGCUAUGCAGAUUAUGUCUUCACUAGUAUGUUUACAUUUGAGAUCAUAUUGAAGAUGACGACAUACGGAGCUUUUCUCCAUAAAGGAGCAUUCUGUAGGAAUUACUUCAACCUCCUUGAUCUGCUGGUGGUGGGAGUUUCCCUUGUCUCCUUUGGCAUUCAGUCCUCAGCCAUCUCAGUGGUGAAGAUUCUUAGGGUCCUUCGUGUUCUUCGGCCCCUGAGAGCCAUCAACAGAGCCAAAGGCCUGAAGCACGUGGUGCAGUGUGUGUUUGUGGCCAUCAGAACCAUCGGUAACAUCAUGAUCGUCACCACUCUGCUUCAGUUCAUGUUUGCCUGUAUUGGGGUGCAGCUGUUUAAGGGAAAAUUCUAUCGCUGCACCGAUGAAGCCAAGUCCAGCCCAGAAGAGUGCAAAGGCACCUAUAUUUUAUAUAAGGAUGGAGAUGUGAACCAGCCAACCAUCCACAAACGACAGUGGUUCAACAGUGACUUCAAUUUUGACAACGUCCUCAUGGCUAUGAUGGCUCUGUUCACUGUGUCCACUUUUGAAGGCUGGCCUGCGUUACUGUACAAGGCCAUCGACUCCAACAGAGAGAACCUUGGCCCCAUUUACAACUACCGUGUGGAGAUUUCCAUCUUCUUCAUCAUCUACAUCAUCAUCAUUGCUUUUUUUAUGAUGAACAUCUUUGUAGGUUUUGUGAUCGUCACGUUUCAGGAACAAGGAGAGAAAGAGUACAAAAACUGUGAACUCGACAAGAACCAGCGUCAGUGUGUGGAGUACGCUCUUAAGGCUCGUCCGCUGAGGAGGUACAUACCUAAGAACCCCUACCAGUACAAGUUCUGGUAUGUGGUGAACUCCACUGGGUUUGAGUACAUCAUGUUUGUGCUCAUCAUGCUCAACACACUCUGCCUGGCUGUGCAGCACUAUGGCCAGUCAGCAACAUUUAACUAUGUAAUGGACAUUCUCAAUAUGGUCUUCACUGCUGUCUUCACUGUGGAAAUGGUUCUCAAACUCAUCGCUUUCAAACCCAGGCACUAUUUCGCUGAUGCUUGGAACACAUUUGAUGCCUUAAUUGUUGUUGGUAGCGUCGUCGAUAUUGCUAUCACUGAAGUUAAUAAACUUGUAGAGCCAACGGAGACUCCUCAGGUGGAUGAGAUGGGGAACACAGAGGACAGUGCUCGCAUCUCCAUCACCUUCUUUCGUCUGUUUCGAGUCAUGCGGCUGGUCAAGCUCCUCAGCAGAGGGGAGGGCAUUCGCACCCUGCUUUGGACUUUCAUCAAAUCCUUCCAGGCUCUGCCAUAUGUUGCUCUUCUGAUAGCCAUGCUGUUCUUCAUCUACGCUGUCAUUGGCAUGCAAGUGUUUGGGAAGAUUGCAAUGGUGGACGGCACACACAUCAACAGAAACAACAACUUCCAGACCUUCCCUCAGGCCGUGCUCCUUCUCUUUCGGUGUGCCACUGGUGAGGCGUGGCAGGAGAUCAUGUUGGCAUGUAUGCCAGGAAAACUGUGUGACCCAGAGUCUGACUACAACCCCGGGGAGGAGAUGACGUGUGGCAGCGGAUUUGCAAUAGUUUACUUCAUCACCUUCUACAUGCUCUGCGCCUUCUUGAUUAUCAAUUUGUUUGUGGCUGUCAUCAUGGACAACUUUGACUAUCUGACACGUGACUGGUCCAUUCUCGGUCCUCACCACCUCGAUGAAUUCAAGAGAAUUUGGUCAGAGUAUGACCCUGAGGCCAAAGGCAGAAUCAAGCAUCUGGAUGUUGUAACCCUUCUUCGUCGUAUUCAGCCUCCCCUCGGCUUUGGCAAACUGUGUCCUCACAGAGUGGCUUGCAAGAGGCUGGUAGCCAUGAACAUGCCCCUGAACAGUGACGGCACAGUCAUGUUUAAUGCCACUCUGUUUGCACUGGUGCGAACAGCCCUGAAGAUCAAAACAGAAGGUAAUCUAGAGCAGGCCAACGAAGAGCUUCGGGCUGUCAUCAAGAAAAUCUGGAAAAGAACCAGCAUGAAGCUGCUGGAUCAAGUGGUGCCUCCUGCUGGUGAUGAUGAGGUAACCGUGGGGAAGUUCUAUGCCACCUUCCUGAUACAGGACUACUUUAGGAAAUUCAAGAAACGUAAAGAGGAAGGCCUGGUGGGUGCUCACCCCUCCCAGAACAACACGGCCAUUGCUUUACAGGCUGGCCUUCGCACGCUGCAUGAUAUUGGGCCCGAAAUUCGCCGAGCGAUAUCAUGUGAUCUGCAAGAUGACGAACUUGUAGACUUUAUUCCAGAGGAAGACGAGGAAAUUUAUAGGCGUAACGGCGGACUCUUCGGUAACCAUCUCAUGAAUGGUGGUCAUCGGCGAUCCAACGGGCAUCAGACCAACGCCACACAGCGACCUCUGCAGGUGCAACCUCCACCUCACUACGCCCACAUGGAGCAGCCUGUGGGACGCCUGUCUCGAGCCAACGCAAUGUCCCACCCCAACCACCAUCAUCACCACCACCACCAUCACCAUCGCCAUCACAACUCCUAUGGCAAGUCUCCCAAAUCCACCAACAUCAACCUCAACAAUGCCAACGUGUCCAGUCUACCCAACGGAGGACACCAUCGUUACUAUGAACACGCACCUCCCAAUGGCUACCCAGGUCUACGCAGCUCCUACUAUGACUACGACAAGCCCCGGACACCCCAGGGUCAAAGAAGGCGCUACUAUGAGACCUAUGUUAGGUCCCACGGAGGGGAUGGACGCCACCCCACCAUCCGCAGGGAAGAGGAGUUUGAUGAAGACCGCUUCUCUGGAGAGUAUUACAGUGGGGAGGAGUUUAAUGAGGAUGACAGUAUGCUGUCAGGGGACAGGUAUCAGAACAGUGACACAGAGUAUGAGACUCCCAAAGGUUAUCAUCACCCUGACAGUUACUAUGACGAUGAUGAGCAGCCUCUCUACCGCGACUCACGGAGGUCGCCAAAGAGACGGCUGCUUCCUGCCACACCUCAAGGUCACAGGAGGCCCUCCUUCAACUUUGAGUGUCUGCGCAGACAAAGUAGCCAGGACGAGCUUCCACAUCAGCGUACUGCUCUACCACUGCACCUUAUGCAGCACCAGGUAAUGGCUGUAGCAGGCCUGGACUCCAGCAGAGCCCACCGCCUCUCCCCGACCCGCUCCACCCGCUCCUGGGCAACUCCCCCUGCCACCCCGGCCAGUAAAGACCAGUCACCAUACUACACCCCUCUCAUCCGUGUGGACCACCCACACAGGGAGAGUGCUGCUAGCAGCCAAGUGUCUGUGCGCAAGAGCUCCUGGUAUACAGAUGACCCUGAGUUCUCCCAGAGGACGUACUCGCCUGUCCACCUGCAGGUGCCACCUGAGUACCAUAACCAGUACCACCAGAAGAGAGGCAGCGCCACCAGUCUAGUGGAGGCGGUUUUGAUAUCAGAAGGGCUUGGGAGAUAUGCCAAGGAUCCCAAGUUCGUCGCUGCCACAAAGCACGAGAUAGCAGAUGCAUGUGAGAUGACGAUAGAUGAGAUGGAGAGUGCAGCCAGCCACCUGCUGAACGGUGGGAUGGCCCCGGGAGUCAACGGAAUCAACGUGUUUCCCAUUCUGACUCCAAGGGACUAUGAACUGCAGGACACCGCAGCCAGCUACAGUGACGAGGAGCCAGAGACAGAACCCAGAGCUCCUUAUGAGGAGGACCUGGCAGAUGAAAUGAUCUGCAUCACGACUUUAUAG